AGUAGUAGUAGAAGAAGAAUGCCUAGCAUGGUUGCAAUCAUCAAACCAUUAAAACGAAGAAGGGGAAAAUCCUGCUGUUCGUGAAGGCAGCAGCGCGUGGAAAACAAGUUGUCAUGGCUGAGGCGGUAUCUGCCAAUGAGGCACAGGCUGUGAAACUGCAGCCCAAACGCAGGCGGAUUCUUGACCCUUCAGCUAUUGUUCCAGUGCCAGUUUACUCCAACAAGGUAAACAGCAGUCUGCAGCUCAAGCCAACAGCAGCUAUUUUCGCUAAAAAGGAGACCACAGAUGAUGGUGCAGAUGACGGAUUACUGUCAGAGUUUUCAUCUCAACAAACAGCAGCAGCUGACAUCACCCUCAGUGACUCCGAGGAGGACGAAGCAGUGUGUGUGGAGAACAAACAAGAACACAAAAAAGUAGAAGCCACUCGCUGCCUGUCUCCUUCACCUCCAGAGAGUCCAGUCCAGAAACAGUCCAGACACGUCAAAAAGAAGCUCAAUGAGAUUGACAGGGAGUUCCGGGCCAUGAGCUCCAUCAUUUCACCUGAAUCUCGGGACAGAACAAGGUCCAGACAGCGUCAAGGUCCUCCGUCUCCAACGUUUGAGGAGGAACAAAAUGAUAAGGAUGUCAUCAUCGUGGACCCUAACUCAGCGUCACAGAGAUUACCUUACAGCACCUCAGUUCGGGAGAUUCCCCUCAAGAUCCGCUGCAGAACAGACGUACACAAGAUCCCUGUGCUGUCUUCAACACCUCUACGUGAUGUGGUGACGCAGCUGUCCGCCAUCCUUAAUGUCCCUCCCAGUCGCUUGCUGUUGCUGAGGGAGGACGUGGAGCUGCCAAAAGACUCCACCAUGAGUGAAAUUGGCCUUGGCAUUGCAGAUAUUAUAGAGUGUGUUGUCAUGGCAGCAGAGGAUAAAAGCGAAACUAAAGAAAGCAGCAGCAGUGUUAUCACUGUCAGACUGCAGGGCAAAGACAGAAACUCUUCACAGGAGUUUUCACUGCACAGAAAUGCACCACUGGGCCCCAUCUUCUCCCAGUACUUGUCCAAGAUGCCUGCCAGCGCUCAGAGAAAGGUGCGCUUCCUCUUCGACGGCUUCAAAGUGACACACAGCCAGACGCCAGCUCAGCUUGACAUGGAGGACGGAGACAUCAUCGAAGUUUGGAUUUAAGCCAAGUCAUUAAAUCCAAUCAACAAUCAACAUUCUGUUUAUAUGGUUGUAAAAGAAAAUGGCAAAAGUAAAACCAUUGCUUUGGUAUAUCAGUUGCUAAUUUGUAAAAGUCACUUUAUUGUAAAUACUGAAAAUGCAGACAAUUUAGUGUGCUGUGGAAUUGUAUUUUUUAGAAACUGUUCAAAAUCAAAAUUUAAAAACCAACAGGCAUACUACUGCCUUUAAAUCAAUGUACAAUUGUAAACUUGUAGCUACACAAUUUUAUCUAUUUUCUAUAUGUUCUUUUUUUUGUUAUUGAAAAUAAAGGAGUAGAUGUUACUCUGCGGUAA